AUGGAUGACUGGAAGGCCAUCGCCGAAGUGCUGCAUAUAUUGAAGGUCCCUGACUACCUGUGCAAGAUCCUGAGGAGUUAUUUUCAGAACCGGGUACUGGUCUACGAAACAUACAUGGGACAGAGAUCGAUUAGAACCACAGUGGGAGUUCCACAAGGCUGUAUCCUUGGUCCAAUGCUCUGGAACGGGGUGUACAACGGCGUGCUAACACUUAAGCUACCCAAAGGAGUUGAGAUCGUUGGCUUUGCGGACGACGUCGUCUUGACGGUAACAGGCGAGACGCUGGAAGAGGUAGAAAUGUUGACGACCGAGAUGAUCGACAUGAUUGGCUGUGAUGGAAAAUGCGUUCCCAAACACCAGUGUAAUGACGUUAUGAAAACUUUAGAUUUAAGAUUAUCUACUGCCACAUGCCCGGUAAAUAAUGUCUGCUGCAAAAAUGUUAUACAAUCGACAGGUGAUCAUACAGGUGGUUUUUGCGAUGGAGAGUGUGUUUUUCCGUUUAAUUGUCCUGAUCAUGGAAAAAUCAUUACGGUUAAUCUCAGGCUAGCGGAUGGGGCCUGUCCGGAUGAAAAAAUAUGCUGCAACACAACUCAAAAAUCAAAUCUGUGUAACGGAUCGUGCAUACCGCGUGAACAAUGUGACGAUAAGUCUAUAGAUCUAAGAUUUAAUGAUUCCAUCUGUCCUGGAACAGCAGUUUGCUGCAAAAGACCAAAAACUUUGACAUCCGUAUCCACGACCUCCGGAUUAUGCGAUGGUACAUGUUUGUCAAGAAACCAAUGCUCAGAUAAGGAAUCGAUUAAUUUAAGGGCAUUUGAUGGUUUGUGUCCAGGUAGUCAAAUAUGCUGUAAAGUACCGAAGAAACAGUCUGAUUGCGAUGGAACGUGUGCUCCAUUGAACCAAUGUCUGGAAUCACAGCAGAAUAUCAAUUUGAGAUAUACCGAUGGCAAUUGUCCGAGCAAUCAAAUUUGUUGCAAGAAACUCAAAACACCGGAGUCAACCUGUAAUGGAAAAUGUGUUCUUGCUAGCAAAUGUUCAAGGAAGUCGUUGAGCUCCAAUCCAAUAGAUCUGCAAUAUGGCCGCGCUUCAUGUCCAGUAGGAGAAGUAUGCUGUCAAGAUUUGGAAGUUUGUGAUGGAAGUUGUGUCCCGAAGAAUCAAUGCGACGACACCUUAGCUUCAGGAGAGAUCAAUCUGAGAUAUGGAAAACCAUUAUGUCCAAUAAAUCAAGUGUGUUGCAAGAAUCGGAAAGUAUUUAUUGAACCUGUGGCAUCGGUAAUAAAAACCGCUGGAUCAUGCGAUGGUACAUGUUUGCCAAGAAACCAAUGCUCAGACAAAGAAUCGAUCAAUUUGAGGGCAUUUGAUGGUUUUUGUCAAGGUAGUCAAAUAUGCUGUAAAGAACCGAAGAAACAGUCUGAUUGCGAUGGAACGUGUGCUCCAUUGAACCAAUGUCUGGAUUCACAGCAGAAUAUCAAUUUGAGAUAUACCGAUGGCAAUUGUCCGAGCAAUCAAAUUUGUUGCAAGAAACUCAAAACACCGGAGUCAACCUGUAAUGGAAAAUGUGUUCUUGCUAGCAAAUGUUCAAGGAAGUCGUUGAGCUCCAAUCCAAUAGAUCUGCAAUAUGGCCGCGCUUCAUGUCCAGUAGGAGAAGUAUGCUGUCAAGAUUUGGAAGAUUGUGAUGGAAGUUGUGUCCCAAAGAAUCAAUGCGAUGACACCUUAGCUUCAGGAGAGAUCAAUCUGAGAUAUGGAAAACCAUUGUGUCCAUUAAAUCAAGUGUGUUGCAAGAAUCGGAAAGCUCUUAUUGAACCUGUGGCAUCGGUAAUAAAAACCGCUGGAUCAUGCGAUGGUACAUGUUUGCCAAGAAACCAAUGCUCAGAUAAGGAAUCGAUCAAUUUAAGGGCAUUUGAUGGUUUGUGUCCAGGUAGUCAAAUAUGCUGUAAAGAACCGAAGAAACAGUCUGAUUGCGAUGGAACGUGUGCUCCAUUGAACCAAUGUCUGGACUCACAGCAGAAUAUCAAUUUGAGAUAUACCGAUGGCAAUUGUCCGAGCAAUCAAAUUUGUUGCAAGAAACUCAAAACACCGGAGUCAACCUGUAAUGGAAAAUGUGUUCUUGCUAGCAAAUGUUCAAGGAAGUCGUUGAGCUCCAAUCCAAUAGAUCUGCGAUUUGGCCGCGCUUCAUGUCCAGUAGGAGAAGUAUGCUGUCAAGAUUUGGAAGUUUGUGAUGGAAGUUGUGUCCCGAAGAAUCAAUGCGACGACACCUUAGCUUCAGGAGAGAUCAAUCUGAGAUAUGGAAAACCAUUAUGUCCAAUAAAUCAAGUGUGUUGCAAGAAUCGGAAAGUAUUUAUUGAACCUGUGGCAUCGGUAAUAAAAACCGCUGGAUCAUGCGAUGGUACAUGUUUGCCAAGAAACCAAUGCUCAGACAAAGAAUCGAUCAAUUUGAGGGCAUUUGAUGGUUUUUGUCAAGGUAGUCAAAUAUGCUGUAAAGAACCGAAGAAACAGUCUGAUUGCGAUGGAACGUGUGCUCCAUUGAACCAAUGUCUGGAUUCACAGCAGAAUAUCAAUUUGAGAUAUACCGAUGGCAAUUGUCCGAGCAAUCAAAUUUGUUGCAAGAAACUCAAAACACCGGAGUCAACCUGUAAUGGAAAAUGUGUUCUUGCUAGCAAAUGUUCAAGGAAGUCGUUGAGCUCCAAUCCAAUAGAUCUGCGAUUUGGCCGCGCUUCAUGUCCAGUAGGAGAAGUAUGCUGUCAAGAUUUGGAAGUUUGUGAUGGAAGUUGUGUCCCGAAGAAUCAAUGCGACGACACCUUAGCUUCAGGAGAGAUCAAUCUGAGAUAUGGAAAACCAUUAUGUCCAAUAAAUCAAGUGUGUUGCAAGAAUCGGAAAGUAUUUAUUGAACCUGUGGCAUCGGUAAUAAAAACCGCUGGAUCAUGCGAUGGUACAUGUUUGCCAAGAAACCAAUGCUCAGACAAAGAAUCGAUCAAUUUGAGGGCAUUUGAUGGUUUUUGUCAAGGUAGUCAAAUAUGCUGUAAAGAACCGAAGAAACAGUCUGAUUGCGAUGGAACGUGUGCUCCAUUGAACCAAUGUCUGGAUUCACAGCAGAAUAUCAAUUUGAGAUAUACCGAUGGCAAUUGUCCGAGCAAUCAAAUUUGUUGCAAGAAACUCAAAACACCGGAGUCAACCUGUAAUGGAAAAUGUGUUCUUGCUAGCAAAUGUUCAAGGAAGUCGUUGAGCUCCAAUCCAAUAGAUCUGCAAUAUGGCCGCGCUUCAUGUCCAGUAGGAGAAGUAUGCUGUCAAGAUUUGGAAGAUUGUGAUGGAAGUUGUGUCCCAAAGAAUCAAUGCGAUGACACCUUAGCUUCAGGAGAGAUCAAUCUGAGAUAUGGAAAACCAUUGUGUCCAUUAAAUCAAGUGUGUUGCAAGAAUCGGAAAGCUCUUAUUGAACCUGUGGCAUCGGUAAUAAAAACCGCUGGAUCAUGCGAUGGUACAUGUUUGCCAAGAAACCAAUGCUCAGAUAAGGAAUCGAUCAAUUUAAGGGCAUUUGAUGGUUUGUGUCCAGGUAGUCAAAUAUGCUGUAAAGAACCGAAGAAACAGUCUGAUUGCGAUGGAACGUGUGCUCCAUUGAACCAAUGUCUGGACUCACAGCAGAAUAUCAAUUUGAGAUAUACCGAUGGCAAUUGUCCGAGCAAUCAAAUUUGUUGCAAGAAACUCAAAACACCGGAGUCAACCUGUAAUGGAAAAUGUGUUCUUGCUAGCAAAUGUUCAAGGAAGUCGUUGAGCUCCAAUCCAAUAGAUCUGCGAUUUGGCCGCGCUUCAUGUCCAGUAGGAGAAGUAUGCUGUCAAGAUUUGGAAGUUUGUGAUGGAAGUUGUGUCCCGAAGAAUCAAUGCGACGACACCUUAGCUUCAGGAGAGAUCAAUCUGAGAUAUGGAAAACCAUUAUGUCCAAUAAAUCAAGUGUGUUGCAAGAAUCGGAAAGUAUUUAUUGAACCUGUGGCAUCGGUAAUAAAAACCGCUGGAUCAUGCGAUGGUACAUGUUUGCCAAGAAACCAAUGCUCAGACAAAGAAUCGAUCAAUUUGAGGGCAUUUGAUGGUUUUUGUCAAGGUAGUCAAAUAUGCUGUAAAGAACCGAAGAAACAGUCUGAUUGCGAUGGAACGUGUGCUCCAUUGAACCAAUGUCUGGAUUCACAGCAGAAUAUCAAUUUGAGAUAUACCGAUGGCAAUUGUCCGAGCAAUCAAAUUUGUUGCAAGAAACUCAAAACACCGGAGUCAACCUGUAAUGGAAAAUGUGUUCUUGCUAGCAAAUGUUCAAGGAAGUCGUUGAGCUCCAAUCCAAUAGAUCUGCGAUUUGGCCGCGCUUCAUGUCCAGUAGGAGAAGUAUGCUGUCAAGAUUUGGAAGUUUGUGAUGGAAGUUGUGUCCCGAAGAAUCAAUGCGACGACACCUUAGCUUCAGGAGAGAUCAAUCUGAGAUAUGGAAAACCAUUGUGUCCAUUAAAUCAAGUGUGUUGCAAGAAUCGGAAAGCUCUUAUUGAACCUGUGGCAUCGGUAAUAAAAACCGCUGGAUCAUGCGAUGGUACAUGUUUGCCAAGAAACCAAUGCUCAGACAAAGAAUCGAUCAAUUUGAGGGCAUUUGAUGGUUUGUGUCCAGGUAGUCAAAUAUGCUGUAAAGAACCGAAGAAACAGUCUGAUUGCGAUGGAACGUGUGCUCCAUUGAACCAAUGUCUGGAUUCACAGCAGAAUAUCAAUUUGAGAUAUACCGAUGGCAAUUGUCCGAGCAAUCAAAUUUGUUGCAAGAAACUCAAAACACCGGAGUCAACCUGUAAUGGAAAAUGUGUUCUUGCUAGCAAAUGUUCAAGGAAGUCGUUGAGCUCCAAUCCAAUAGAUCUGCGAUUUGGCCGCGCUUCAUGUCCAGUAGGAGAAGUAUGCUGUCAAGAUUUGGAAGUUUGUGAUGGAAGUUGUGUCCCGAAGAAUCAAUGCGACGACACCUUAGCUUCAGGAGAGAUCAAUCUGAGAUAUGGAAAACCAUUGUGUCCAUUAAAUCAAGUGUGUUGCAAGAAUCGGAAAGCUCUUAUUGAACCUGUGGCAUCGGUAAUAAAAACCGCUGGAUCAUGCGAUGGUACAUGUUUGCCAAGAAACCAAUGCUCAGAUAAGGAAUCGAUCAAUUUAAGGGCAUUUGAUGGUUUGUGUCCAGGUAGUCAAAUAUGCUGUAAAGAACCGAAGAAACAGUCUGAUUGCGAUGGAACGUGUGCUCCAUUGAACCAAUGUCUGGACUCACAGCAGAAUAUCAAUUUGAGAUAUACCGAUGGCAAUUGUCCGAGCAAUCAAAUUUGUUGCAAGAAACUCAAAACACCGGAGUCAACCUGUAAUGGAAAAUGUGUUCUUGCUAGCAAAUGUUCAAGGAAGUCGUUGAGCUCCAAUCCAAUAGAUCUGCGAUUUGGCCGCGCUUCAUGUCCAGUAGGAGAAGUAUGCUGUCAAGAUUUGGAAGUUUGUGAUGGAAGUUGUGUCCCGAAGAAUCAAUGCGACGACACCUUAGCUUCAGGAGAGAUCAAUCUGAGAUAUGGAAAACCAUUAUGUCCAAUAAAUCAAGUGUGUUGCAAGAAUCGGAAAGUAUUUAUUGAACCUGUGGCAUCGGUAAUAAAAACCGCUGGAUCAUGCGAUGGUACAUGUUUGCCAAGAAACCAAUGCUCAGACAAAGAAUCGAUCAAUUUGAGGGCAUUUGAUGGUUUUUGUCAAGGUAGUCAAAUAUGCUGUAAAGAACCGAAGAAACAGUCUGAUUGCGAUGGAACGUGUGCUCCAUUGAACCAAUGUCUGGAUUCACAGCAGAAUAUCAAUUUGAGAUAUACCGAUGGCAAUUGUCCGGGGAAUCGAAUUUGUUGCAAGAACCUCAAAGCACCGGAGUCAACCUGUAAUGGAAAAUGUGUUCUUGCUAGCAAAUGUUCAAGGAAGUCGUUGAGCUCCAAUCCAAUAGAUCUGCAAUAUGGCCGCGCUUCAUGUCCAGUAGGAGAAGUAUGCUGUCAAGAUUUGGAAGAUUGUGAUGGAAGUUGUGUCCCAAAGAAUCAAUGCGAUGACACCUUAGCUUCAGGAGAGAUCAAUCUGAGAUAUGGAAAACCAUUAUGUCCAAUAAAUCAAGUGUGUUGCAAGAAUCGGAAAGUUCUUACUAAACCUUUCGCAUCGGCAUUCAAAACCUCUGGAUCAUGCGAUGGUACAUGUUUGCCAAGAAACCAAUGCUCAGACAAAGAAUCGAUCAAUUUGAGGGCAUUUGAUGGUGUGUGUUCAGGUACUCAAAUAUGCUGUAAGGUACCGAAGAAACAGCCUGAUUGCGAUGGAACGUGUGCUCCAUUGAACCAAUGUCUGGACUCACAACAGAAUAUCAAUUUGAGAUAUACCGAUGGCAAUUGUCCGAACAAUCAAAUUUGUUGCAAGAAACUCAAAACACCGGAGUCAACCUGUAAUGGAAAAUGUGUUCUUGCUAGCAAAUGUUCAAGGAAGUCGUUGAGCUCCAAUCCAAUAGAUCUGCAAUAUGGCCGCGCUUCAUGUCCAGUAGGAGAAGUAUGCUGUCAAGAUUUGGAAGAUUGUGAUGGAAGUUGUGUCCCAAAGAAUCAAUGCGAUGACACCUUAGCUUCAGGAGAGAUCAAUCUGAGAUAUGGAAAACCAUUGUGUCCAUUAAAUCAAGUGUGUUGCAAGAAUCGGAAAGUAUUUAUUGAACCUGUGGCAUCGGUAAUAAAAACCGCUGGAUCAUGCGAUGGUACAUGUUUGCCAAGAAACCAAUGCUCAGAUAAAGAAUCGAUCAAUUUAAGGGCAUUUGAUGGUUUGUGUCCAGGUAGUCAAAUAUGCUGUAAGGUACCGAAGAAACAGCCUGAUUGCGAUGGAACGUGUGCUCCAUUGAACCAAUGUCUGGAUUCACAACAGAAUAUCAAUUUGAGAUAUACCGACGGCAAUUGUCCGAGCAAUCAAAUUUGUUGCAAAAAACUCAAAACACCGGAGUCUACCUGUAAUGGAAAAUGUGUUCUUGCUAGCAAAUGUUCAAGGAAGUCGUUGAGCUCCAAUCCAGUAGAUCUGCGAUUUGGCCGCGCUUCAUGUCCAGUAGGAGAAGUAUGCUGUCAAGAUUUGGAAGUUUGUGAUGGAAGUUGUGUCCCAAAGAAUCAAUGCGAUGUAAGCUCAGUUUCAGAAGGAAUCAAUCUGAGAUAUGGAAAACCAUUAUGUCCAAUAAAUCAAGUUUGUUGCAAGAAGGCUAAAAAGUGCGAUGGAAGUUGUGUCCCAACAGAAAGUUGCCCAUCUGUUGACUUAAGGCUCGCCACAAGUGAAUGCCCGUUGAACCAGGUGUGCUGUAAAAUUCCUGAAAAAUCUGAAACUUGUAAAGGAAUUUGCACUCAGCUCAUAAAUUGUGAUGAUAAGCUAUUGAUAUCGGCAGGUAUAAACCUUAGAUCGCCCGGUGGAAGUUGCCCUCAAAAUGAAAUUUGCUGCAAGAAUCUCAAAUCUUUUGUCAGGGAUGUGUGCGACGGAAAAUGUGUAUCUCAAAACGAGUGUCCUGUAAAUAACAUUGACUUGCGAUCACCCAAUGGAAAAUGCCCUCCAAAUAAAGUUUGUUGCAAGACUGACUCCUGCAUUGGCACAUGCGUUCUUUCUGAACUAUGUGCAGACGUUGGUAUAAAUUUACGCUACGAGCAGCAGAAGAAAUGCCCUAUGAAACAUGUUUGUUGCCAGAAGUUGAAGGAACAAACAAAAGCAGCUUGUCCUGGCCAAUGUCUACUACCAAGGCAGUGUCCCAACUACACACCUGGAAAAUCUCCAAUAGAUCUACGCCUUAUAGACAGCGGUUGUUCUAAUGGUCAAAUUUGUUGCGAAGCUCAAAUUCCAUUCCUCCCUCCGUCCAUCAUUAAGGGCAUUCCUAAUGCUCUAAUCGUUCCAAUAAGCCCUACGAGUCUCCCACAAACUUUGAGUUCUGGUUCUGAUUGCUCGUUCAGUUCAGACCCAUCAGCUGAAUACGUCGUCAAGGCUGAUGUCUCAUGGUUGGCUACCAUUUGGAGUCGACGGGAAAUUUUUGGCAUACAACGCCCUCAAUAUGAAUGUGUUGGAACUUUGAUCAAAUCAGACCUGGUGCUUACUUCUGCCGACUGUCUCAAGGGACUCUCUGAAGAACAAUUGUAUGCCCGAAUUGGAGAUUUUAAUCUUAAACCACUCAAUACGCUUUCCUCGAGACGGGAAAUCAACAUUACUGAAGUCACUCUCCAUCCUGAUUUCGACAGCAAAACUGGCUUUGCCAACUUGGCCGUACUGCAUUUGAGCAAAAAUGCAUCCACAAGAUCCAGUGUUUGUUUGCCGGAGUUAACAAAACUGGAUCCCAUGGCACCUUGCUUCCUAGUCGGCUGGAACAAACUAGAUCUGAUGAACGAAUCAAUUCCCAACGCGUCACCUGAUAAACAUUCUGUGGCACUAACUAGUGCUAAAUGUGAUGAAGGUUUCAUCUGUACGGACGAGAAUCAAUCAAAAAGUCAAUGUGCUGAUGCAUUUCAAGGAUCACCAGUUAUUUGUUUCAUCGGUAGCAGCCGGACCUGGGUUCAGACGGGCUUGACAGCGGGGAGCAGUAAGAAAUGUAAUACCUUGGCAGUUCCGCAUUCAUUCGUAUCGAUAGCAUUUUACAAAAUGUGGAUAAAAGAACAAAUUAUGCCAAGCUUCCAGCAAAUCAAGAGCGUUACGAAUCCAUUGUGGACUUAUUUACCACCAGUGGCUUAGCAGAAUGCAAUGGCGUUGUAGAAGUUAAUCUGUAAAUGUACAAAGUUUUUUUUUCUGUAAAAAAUAUAUAAUUCUAAUAGUUUUAAAAUUUACAUACCUACACUCCGAAAGGUAAGUCAAUAAAUACCAAAUGUGAGGUCAACGUUUUAAUGCUGUUAAGGUAUAGAUUUGGUGAUUAAACAGAUUAAACAUUCUUAUUAAUUUUAUCGUAAUGUCGAAAAUAAAACAGC